UUCUCAUUAACUAUGUCCAUGUGCGUACUAGGCGCAUUUUAGAGAGUGACAACAACAUACCGUCACAAAACUCGGAACCCGCCGCCGGACGCUUCUAAAUCCAUCUGAGAAGAAUUUCUAAUGGCGAAGGAGAAGAGCGAUGUGUCUUCAAUGGAAGUCGAUGAUCAGAUCAGUACCAAUCCCAAGUUCUCAAUCAACGUGCUGCAGCUUCUAAAAUCAUCGCAGAUGCAGCAUGGAUUACGUUUUGGGGACUACACUCGCUAUCGGAGAUAUUGCACUGCUCGGUUGAGGAGACUGUACAAAUCGUUGAAGUUCACACAUGGGCGUGGAAAAUAUACCAAAAAGUCCAUAACAGCAUCUACUGUUACUGAAGUCAGGUUUCUCCAUCUAGUUCUCUACACAGCAGAAAGAGCAUGGAGUCACGCCAUGGAGAAAAGACAACUCCCUGAUGGACCAAAUGCACGCCAAAGAAGCUACCUGAUUGGUCGGUUGCGUAAAGCAGUAAAGUGGGCCACACUUUUUGCAGAAUUAUGUUCUAUCAAGGGAGAUUCUAGAACAUCACUAGAAGCUGAGGCUUAUGCCUCAUACAUGAAAGGGAAUUUAUUAUUUGAACAAGACCAGAAUUGGGAUAUUGCAUUGAAGAGUUUCAAGAGUGCUAGAGUUGUGUAUGAGGAACUUGGAAAAUAUGGAGAUUUAGAGAACCAAGUUUUGUGUCGUGAGCGUGUUGAGGAACUAGAACCAAGUAUACGCUACUGUUUGCACAAAAUUGGAGAAUCAAAUUUACAAGCUUCUGAACUUGUACACAUUGGAGAAAUUGAAGGACCUGCACUUGACCUUUUUAAAGCUAAAUUGGAGGCUGUUAUGGAUGAAGCAAGAUCUCAACAAGCUGCAUCCAUGACCGAAUUUCAUUGGCUAGGGCAUAGAUUUCCAAUAUCAAAUGCCAAAACUCGCGUUUCCAUUUUGAAAGCUCAGGAAUUGGAGAAGGAGGUUAAUGAUCGAAAGGAAGGUGCUCUUCCAUCUGAGAAAAGACUUGCUGUUUUUGACAAAAUCUUUGCUGCAUAUCAUGAAGCCCGAAGCUCCAUUCGUAGUGACUUGGCGAAUGCUGGUAAUUCUGAAAACAUGAAGGAUGAUUUGAGUGGUCUUGAUAAAGCAAUAGGUGCUGUAUUAGGGCAACGUACCAUUGAACGCAACCAGCUGUUGGUUAGUAUUGCCAAGAGUAAACUAAGCAAGACACGUGAUGAAAAAAAUGAAAAAGUUACAAAACCUGAAGAACUUGUGAGGUUGUAUGAUCUUCUUUUACAGAAUACAGCAGAUCUUUCUGAUUUGUUGAGUUCUGGAAGAGACAGAAAAGAGGAAGAAGUUGCAUUAUCUGAAGAAUGUGAACUCAAAAGUUUGAUCUUCCGAGCAGAAAGGUGUUUUUUCUUGGGUAAAUCUUAUAGUUCAGCUGGGAAGAGGACAGAAGCAUAUUCUUUGUUUUCUCUUGCGCGUUCUCUCUCUGAAAAAGCCCUAAAGAAAGUUCAAAGUGUGGCUACACAUGAUCAGGCAAUGGUGAAAGAAUUGGAGACAUUAUAUAAAGAUUGCAGAUCCAACAGCUGUAUUGAACAUGCAAUGGGGAUUAUGGAACAUGAGAAGGCUCCUAAUGAUCUUUCAAAAAAGAUUUCUGCUGUGUCAAUAUCUGCAAAUGGGAAUGAUAAGAAGGGUGAAAAGUAUCUGGUUGAGAAGUUGGAUGUGUAUGAGUCGGCUGUUGCUGAUUCAAGCACAAGGGUGGCCCCGCGUAUUGCAGCAUUCCAGCCAGGUUUUCAAGCAAUUCCUCGCAACCCAAUUGUUCUGGACCUUGCUUAUAAUACAAUUGAUUUCCCAUCAAUUGAGAACAGAAUGAAGAAAGACAAAAAGGGUGGUUUCAUUAGUAGGCUUUGGGGUUAAUUUAUACAAAUCAGAAUUUGGAUUUAAUAUAUAUAUUUUUUUUUUUACUUUGUGUUGAUUUUUGGUCAGACUUGUUAGAUUUUGGACAGUUUUGUAAGUUAAAUCUCCCGGCUCUUUGUAUUGUGUGU